AUGUCUGCAACUUCUGUCUUGAAUAUCCCUCCUUCAAAGUCGACGGUCUCUGUUUCCAUCAUCGACACAACCCUCAAUGGCGAUCUUCCCACGGCACCCUUCAUGGGCCCUACCAUGAACGGCUUCGAGAGGUGGUACGGCGUAGGCUACGCAUUUCUAGUAACGCACCAGGACUCUGCUGGAAAGACUAGACGCAUAGUGUUCGAUCUCGGUCUGCCGAAAGACUGGGACAAUGACUUCUCUCCAGCUGUAUUGGAGAUGGGGAAGAACUUGGAUGGCACGAUGGUUGCCCAAAAAUACGUUUCCGAAAUUUUGACCGAGGGCGGUCUUGACUUGAGGGAGAUUGAGGCGCUCUUCUGGAGUCACGCACACCCGGAUCACAUUGGCCGCCCGUCACUCUUCCCCUCCACGGCAUCGCUGAUCGUCGGCCCAGGGGUGAAGGAGGCGUAUUUCCCUGGCUACCCAACCAUCCCAGACGCACCCGUCCUCGCUCGCGAGUUCGAGGGCCGCGAAGUGCGUGAACUAGACUUUGCUUCCACUGAGAUUGAAAUCGGGGGACUCAAGGCGCUGGAUUACUUCAACGAUGGGAGUUUCUACCUCCUCUCGGCGCCGGGCCACGCUACUGGGCACAUCAACGCCCUGGCUCGUACGACGGAAGAUAGUUUCAUGUACUUUGCAGGCGACUCCUUCCACCACAGCUCCGUCCUGAGACCGCACGGCGGCGCGACGCUACCAGAGGAAAUCCAGCUGCCGGGCCACAGUUGCUGUUCCGGACGGGCGUUUCACGCAGUCCACCCCGUGGCUGGUAACUCUGCCGCCCUGGGGCCCUACAGCAAGGUCCUAGGGGAGGCGGGGAGCGACGCGAAUGGGAUCCCGUUCCAUGCGCUGCCUGAGGGUGGGAUAUUUAUGGAUUUGGAGGCUUCGAGGGAGACGGUGCGUGCUAUUCAGAGGUUUGAUGAGAGUCCGGAUGUGUUUGUUGUGGCGUCGCAUGAUAGUAGUUUGGUUGGCGUUGUGGAGGUUUUCCCGGCGGAUGGGAGUGAGUGGAGGGCGAAGGGGUGGAAGGAGGGUGGGAAGUGGGUAUUUCUAAAGGAUUUUGAGAAGGCGGUUGAGAUGGCUAACUCUAACGAGAAGUUGUGA